CGUCAUAUCACAAGCCAAUCAGCUCUGAGACGGAACGCGCAAAAUUUGAAAGUUACCCGGAAGUCCUACAACGAUUUCACUGUUAGUAAUGUUUUCUCUUCACGCUGUAUUUAUUUUUACUCGUCUUUUAACGUUUUAAUCGACGCUGAAUGUAACUGUUUGCUUUUACAGAUAUGUUGAAGUUUAAAUACGGAGGACAUGGCAGUGUCAAAGAACUUGCCACAUUGGACCCCAUCACUAGUCGGUGCUCUCGCCUCAAUCACCUAUUACAGGGAAGGGGUAGCGUCCAGGCUCCGUCCGGCUGCAGUGUUACUCGUGAGGGGCUACUGGAAGCUCUGCUUUUGUUGUACCAGGAGUGCAACUCUUCUGAGCUCAUGAAGAUCAAACAUGUUGCAAACUUUGUCAAUAAAUUCUCUGAUGUGGUGGCGGAGUUGCGUGAGCUUCAGCCGGGCCCGAGGGACUUUGAGCUGCGGGCUGUUGUGGGGCGAGGUCACUUUGCCGAAGUGCGCGUAGUCCAAGAGAAAUCCACUGGGGACAUCUAUGCCAUGAAGGUCAUGGAUAAGACAAGCCUGCGCAGUCAGGAAAAUGUGGCCUUCUUUGAGGAGGAGAAGGCGAUCCUUGCUCUCAACUCCAGCCCUUGGAUCCCUCAACUCCAGCAUGCCUUUCAGGACAAGGACAGCGUCUACCUGGUGAGGGCCUGUCCCUUUGAUUCUUUUCAAGCGAGACAUGAUGUGAGGUUAGAGGUCAGAGGUCUGUACUACUCUCUCACACCUCUCAGUGUGUGCUUCUCCUAUCUGAGUGCUUCCCUUUGGAGACCCACACGCAGAGACAAGACUGAGCGGUUCCAUGAGAGCAGAGAGGAGGAACAUGUCACCGCUCAGACGACAUACGAAGAAGAGAUGGAUGAGACCACGCAAGUUGGGGAGGGCUAG